CAUUAUGGAAUACCAAAUGAGGAAACUUCUGUAACUACAGGUCUCAUUACGGAAGACGUAAAGGAAGAAUAUUUUGCAUCUGAAGAGAAUACCAUGAUGAAUACGACUUCAAACUUUAGCUUCCUUCAAGAUGCAGAGCCAGAUGAUAUUGUAAAAAUAUUCUCAAAAAUUCAAAAGUAUUCUAAUCCCGUUUUUUGUUUUGUUGGCCUCAUUGGGAGUAUUUUUGCUCUCACUGUAUUUCUCAGUAAGUCCCAACGUUCCACUUCCUGCUGCCUGUACCUAGCGGCUCGUUCCGUUUCGGACAUUGGUUUCUUGAUUUCACUCAUCAUUGUAUGGAUAACGGAUGUGACGGACACGGCUAUUUUUAACUCUCCGGGAGCAUGUCAAUUGACCAUUUUCCUCUCUUACAUUUGUGGAUUUUUAUCUGUUUGGUUUGUUGUAAUUGUCACUGCAGAAAAUUAUAUACGAAUCUGCCAUCCUUUUUCUGUAAUGGAGUACUGUACCCCCAAAAUUUCGAAACUCGUCAUCAGUGUUUUCUUUAUAUUAGCCCUUGCUUUGUACAAUUUUCCAUUGUGGACACUGAAAGUUUCUGAUGGACGCUGCACUGAGAUUUCGACCUAUGAUGAUUUAUUUCAAAUGUUUGUACACAUGGAUACAGCCUUGACGCUGGUACUUCCGGCGCUGCUUAUAACAUUUCUCAUGGUCACCAUAACUUUUCAUCUGUUCAGAAGCUACCAUCGUUUUCGAAGACUCAACGGGAAAAAAACGGUGAACAAGAGGUCGAGAAACCAUUCCAAAGUUACGAAACUAUUAUUUACAGUUUCCCUUGUGUUUUUGGCUCUUAAUCUACCCAGUCAUGUCAUUCGAACUAUAAUGGCUUUAUCCAAAUACAUAAUGAAGCGUGACCAUUUCACGACAACCGAAAUGGUGUUACAAAAACUAUUUUACACCUUAUACUACUUAAGUUACGCUAUUAAUUUAUUCAUAUAUUUGCUAUGUGGUGAAAAAUUCAGACGAGAUUUUUAUCAUAUGUACAUCGAAUGUUUUGCGAAAAGCUAUAAAGAAAAGAGAAAUAAGAAACUGAAAACCGAUUCUUCUAAUUCCCAGCUUUUGAAAAAACAGUCCACGAAAACAGAGGGAAGUGGUACUGUUGUUUGACGUUUUUAUUGCAAAAAAGUAUGUUGCAAUGGUUCAAAAAUGUUUUAUGAAUUAUAUGUAUUGCAGUUGAAAUUCUUCCACCUGUCUUUAGAAAUUCUUUCACCUGUCCUUAUUAUUUUCUUUAUAUUGGGUAAAAAACAUGCACACACACAAAAUUAUGAAGAAAAAAAAACGUGCAGUAUGUAUAAUUCUUUUUUCUCGUAUUUUCUCAUUCCCUUUUCAGUCGAAUUAAUUAAAAACAAUUGACAUGAAGAUUCAAA